AUGGCGAAAGAGAUCGAAACUCUCACAGAGGAUGAAAGACGCGCACUUCGCGGAAGCAAAUUCGCUCCUCUUCCCUCCCUUCCUCACUCCAACAAGCCCAAACCUAGAUUGGCUCAUCCCGGUGGACCUGUUGCCACAAAUAAAGCAGCGGCAUUGGCUAAGUUUUUGGAGAGGAAGUUGAAGGAUCCUAAUGGAUUGGCAUCUAUAAACCCUGAUCUUCUUGAACUUGCUGUUAAUAAUGCCAAACAAACUGUUUAUACAAGUGGUACUUCAAAUUCCGGAAGAAAUGUUCGGCAUGUGGAAUCCUUUGGCGACACAGAUGCUAGUGAAGAGGAACAGAAUGAUCUCCUUGUUGUGAAGGAAAGCAAGAAGAAGAGAAAGAAGAAGAAACAAAAGAAGAAAAAUAAAAGGCGAAAGGAAGUUGAAGACACUGGAUAUGCUGUGAUGAAAAAGCCUUAA